GAUAUGCAUGAUUCUUUGGAACUAUAUUAUCGCAUUAUCAGGAUUUUAUUUAGAGAUUGUGCAUUUAUACCAUUUCUACAAAAGAAAGUGAAUGAACAAUGGAAUAUUCAAUACAUUUGAUUGGAACAAUGUGAAGCAUCCAAUUUAUUUAUGACGAUCAUAUUUUGUAGAGAUAGGUUAAGACGCAUUGGAUUUUUAUCUGCAAUUUAAAUGCAUUUUAUUUUAUAUAACUUUUAAAACAUUUAAACAUACAGAGUUACGUGUCAACAUUGGUACUGCAUUGCUCAAUGCCUGCAAAAGAGCAUUGGAUGUUUCCUUUAACUAUUGUAAACCAUGGAUAUAGAAGCUUCUUUAGAACGAUUACAAAAGCUAAGGGAAUGGCAAAUAGAACAACAUGAAAAACUAUUGAAACAGCAGCAGAUGCAAAUAGAGGUUUUAAGUCACGAGCAUGAGGAUCGUAUUUCCAAAGCACUUAGUUUAACUAUAUGUGAUCUUAAUGACAUUAAUGAAAAUACAGAGAAUGUGCAUGCUAUGCAUGAGAUAGAGAUAAAUACAGAACCACUAUUUGACAAAGCUUCGGUUUUCCAAAGCAGUAUGAACAAUUCGGAUAACGUGUUUGAUAUGAUGGACGAAGAAGUAUUAACAGAUGCUAAUGCAUUGUACGAAACUUAUAAAGAUAAAGAAAUUAAAGAUUCGAAUCAUAUUUCGGCUACCGCCGAUGCAAAUAGAAAUUCUGUAAAGCGUUAUAAUUCUGGUAUACUGUCACAAGAAAAAGAGUUAAGUAACGAUUUAUUAAUAGAAGGAAUAAAACCGCUAUCGUUGGAUAAUGUAGUUUCGAAUAGAUGUAUCUCAAUUGACGAUAUUCCUCUUCCUUCACCUAAAAAAGAUUUUCAAACACUACUGGAAGAGAAAUUGAAAAAAGAGUCAGAAGCUAUGUCAAAUGAGCGCAUUGAUGUAAAGACUAAAUCAAAGAAACCAUUUCUUAAGAAAGGGGAAGGACUUUCAAGAUUCAAGAUCACUAAAAAUUCAAAACAGCCAACAACUAUGAGAAAGCAUAGCACAUCAUUAUCUUCUAAACAAUGUGUCGAUAAAAGUGAUAAAAGCAGAAAAUCUACUAUACAUAAAGAUGUAGCCUCGAAAUCUUCGAAUAAUUUCGUUAUAAGUGAAAAGCGACAAUUAAACUUAAAAACUGUACCAUUACCAAGAAAUAAGAUUUUUAAUAAAUCUGAACAUAUUACUCCAAAUAAAGAAACUGCAUAUAAUGCUGCUUCUAAUCGAUCAAAAUAUUUGCAAGAAAUGAAUAUGUCAGAUUCUGAUUCAAAAACAGAAAGAGAAUUAGAAGAGGUAAGGAUAUUUGAACUUUUGGAAGAAAAAGCUGAAAAUUCUAGUUUUUGUUCAACAUCGAGCACAGUACUUGCAUUUUUGCAGCAGUCUACGCCAUUUAAAAUAAAGAAGAGAUUAAAUUGUGCAGGCAGUGAAGGUGGUGUUGUGGCGAGUACGAAACAGCAAAAUGAUGAACGAACCGACGAUACAAUCGAGCGGGAAUCUCAACGAUCUGCUGACAAACAAGUAGCAAAUUUAAAACCUAGAAUACAACACCAGUUUGAACACUUUGAUAUUCAUAAACGAUCUCAUAUUAGUACCGCUACCAUCGAUUCUUACUCAGAUACUGUAACUGUAAAUGAUAUGCAAGAAGAGAUACAGAAACAUUCAACAAUUGCCAAUCAAGUAUCACAGAAUAAUAAAGUACAUAUUGAUUAUUUGAAAAAUCGUGAUGUAGCUAUUAUUGCAACAUUAUCAGAUAGUGAUGAAGAAGGAGAUAUUUCCGAGGAAAAUAAUGUAGCGCGUAAUAGUGAAACGGAUGCGAAUCAUCGCGUUAGAUUCUCGGAAUAUAAUGAAUAUAGAACUAUAGAUUUAAGUGACACGGCAGACAAAUCUCCCUUGAGAGAACAUCUCGAGCAACAGGAUUGGAACGAUCAUUCCAUUGAUUCGUCGGAAUUAUCUGACGUUGGAGAAGAGAAUUUACCAUUAAAUGAUGAAAAACAAAUGUCUUCCCUGAAAAAUAUGAGCAAUGAAAAAUUGAUUCUUUCGAGACGAUCGUUUUUGCAAGAGAAUAUAAACAUUCCCGAAGAAGAAAAUGCUCUAAAUUGUGAAAACGAAUCGCCGGGCGAAGAUAUAUAUGAUGAUAACGAAUGUACGAUAAUGGAAGAAACUCGAACAUCUGACGAAGAAGGAGAGCAAUCCGUUUUGUCAUCAUUGUCAUCAUCAUCCUCACUGACAGAUACUCAUCGAGAUCUGAAUGCACACAAAAGGAAAGAAUAUAUUUUAAGAAGUGAGCCAGAAAAAAUAACAGUGGAGAAGAUAGCAAAAAUACGUUCGAAUUCGAAGGAGAUCGAUCUUUAUCAUCAGCCCGAAGAUCGGACAAAUCGAAAUAAUGGUUUUGAAUCAGAACUAUUGAAAAGCCGUUUAUUAGAACUCCAAAAAGAAAUUGAUAUAUUUCGAAAAGAAAGUGCAGCUCUAUUGCUCCAGCGUCGAAAUCUACAAGAAGAUCAGAUGAUACUGCAUAAAGAAUAUGCGGAGAAGGAAAGAAAUUUCGAAGAGAACAGAAGAAGAGUAGAAAACCGAUUAGAGGAAGAGAAAAAGAAACUGUCGCGUGAGAGGAUAGCAAUGGAGAAUAGAAUUCGCGAUGCUCAAGAAAAGGCGAAACAAAAUAAAAUGGAAAGACAUAAAGCGCAAACCUUGCAAGAGCAAUUGGAAAAAUUAAGGGACGAACUGAAUAUCAAGGAAAGUAGGUGGCAUGCCGCAGAAUCGAGAUAUAAAAGUGAGCUUCGCGUACUACGAGUAGAAAUUUCAAAAUUGAAAGAAGAGAUCGCGACUCUAGAGAACAUUAAAAGAACAAAUAUCAGAAAUAUCAGGAAGAGCACAAAUGGACAAAUGAUUACAAAAGCUAUCAAUCAAAUUAAUAAACGUGUCAAGGUUCCGUCCAAAGAGCUUCCAGCGAAGAUAACUCAAGUCUUGUCCGAUACUUCAUCGGAUGCUUCUGUUCACGAUGAUAACGAUGAAGAUAAAGACAGAAGCAAAUCAAUGGAAUCGAUUGUAAAAACAAUUAAUGUAAAUGAUGAUUUUGAACAAAUAGAGGAUAUAUCUGUAAAUAAUAAUAAAGUAGAAUCUAAAGCCGGGAUUGAUUUACAGCCAAAAUGCAAUAAAACAUUCGCAAACGGAAACAUCGCGAAGAAAAAGCAGUAUUUAUACGAAAAUUUAUUGAAAGAGGCAACAUCGGAUUUCCUGGAGGAUCAAAAUCCGAUUCACAUUAAGCAAAAUAUGAAUGAAUCAACAGAUACACAAUUACGGAAUGCAAAGAACGAUGGAACAUCGGGGAAAACCAACGAUAAAUCCCACAAUAAGUCCCAUCAUAAGUCCACAAAUGAGGAUCUCGAAUGUACAACGGCUUGCGCUAUGAGUAACGCAGACAUAUCGUUUUACAGAUCACGUGAAGUGAAUCAGAAUUCAUCAGAUAAAGACGAUAUGAGGAUGCAGAAUCGGAUGUUGUUGCCUGAAAAAAGUUUAAGCUCUACAUUAUGUCCCUCCUCUCUUUGUCAUCGGGCUAGCGGAACGAAUACUAAGGAUAUCGGAAAACAGAUUCAAUAUUCGGAUGGACAUGCAGAGUACUGGUAUCUAAAUGGUAAUGUCAAGAAAGUCUUUCCCGAUCGAGGAAUAACGAAAAUGAUUUAUUAUAACGGAGACGUUCGCGAGACCGACAAGGAUGGAAAAGUAAAAUAUUUCUACGCUACGACUCGAACAUGGCAUACGACAACUCCCGACGGUUUGGAGAUUUUAGAAUUUCCAGACGGUCAAGUGGAGAAGCGUGCAUCCGAUGGUACCGUCGAAAUAUCAUUUCCGGACGGCGCUAUACGAAUAGUACAAGCAGAUGGUACGGAGAAGUGGUCUUUGCCAGAUGGGACAGUAGCGCAAACCUUUAUUAAUGGCGAUAAAAUUCUGACUUUACCGAAUGGCCAAAGGGAAAUUCAUACGAAAGAGCAUAAAAGACGAGAGUAUCCCGAUGGUACUGUGAAGCUAGUAUACGCGGAUGGUACUCAAGAAACACGAUAUUCCAGUGGAAGAAAACGGUUAAAAGACAAAGAUGGUAAUCUUUUGAUGGAUUCAUACGAUAGUUAAGUUUUCACAAAGAAUAUUUUUUAAUGGAUUUUAGCAUGGAAUUGUAUAGCCUAUAUAAAAUCCCUGUAUAUUUUUAAAUUGUCGCGAAAUUUACUAUUCUGCAAUUUCUCUCAAUUGAUUACUUAUAUGUAAUAUUGUGAAGUCAGAAUAUUGUUUUUAUUAUGAAGAUUCCUUCUUUUAGUUCUUACUAUUAUUUCUAAUGAUAUAUAUGCACAUGCUAAAUGAAAAUGUUGCUCUCUACUGAUUAGGUAUUAAAAAAAAAUUUUUUAAUUUUAAAUGCAAGAAAUUUGAUAUCUGAUAUUCCAACAAAUAAUAAUAAAAUAUCAGAAUCAUGAUAGAAAAAUAGGAAUAGAAGAAGGAAUUUUCAAUUUACAAAGACAGAGAAAAGGAGAGAGAAACAGCUGAUUUGUAAAUAGCAAGAGUCUGUAGAUGAAUCAGAAAGAUCUACAUCAAGCGUUUGUUAAUAUAUAAUUCCAAUUAAUCUAUAAUAGUAUAAACGAGACGAUUUAUAAUGCGUAUAAAAUAACUAUUUUUAUAGAAAUUUAAAACUUAAUAUUGAUUUUAUUAUAAAAAAGCGAAUAAAGAGUA